AUGACGCAGGAUCUCCCCGCAGGUCUGGUCACCACCACUGGUAAGAUUGGCUCCGAGCUGGAUGGUUUAGGUGACAUUGCUAUCGAAGACAUCGCGAAACUAUGGAGGGGUAUGAUUGAUCCGAUAUAUAAGAGAGAGAUGCGCGAUGGAGCCGCGUCACGAUUGGAAAACUUGUUCUGGAGAAUCUGGGGCAGCACACGGCUUCGGAAGACUCUGACUGGAUCGACAUUGGCUGCGCUGUUCAUGGACAUCUCCGAAGACCGUCCUCUUCGAACGACUCCGCGUCAGUCUCCACAGGCGGCCCUGAAGAAGGUAACCAGCCGCAUUUCUCCGGAGACGCUCAACAACCCAUCUGUCAGUAACUACAGUGACGCUGAGAAUGUCCCUUCAGCAGCGCUCAGUGUCCAAACCAGAACUCCUCUUCCGUCAAUCCUCAAGAAGCCCCAUGCAGAAAAGCCAUGUGCGACCCCAGGAGAGCCUUCAUCAUUCAAAACGACCCGGAUUCUGGUUCCGGAGAUAGCUGUCCAGAAAGCUAAGACCACGUUGACACCGGCGAUGGGAGCACCAGCAACAGUGACAGCAGCGACCAGCCGUGAUCCACCGCAGAAAGCAGGUCGCAAAAAGCCAACUUUUGUUGCGAACACGUCAGCCUUGUCGAAACGUAGGCCUGUGGUUAUCAGACGUAAAUCAUCGCAGACUUCACCCAGCGCUGAAGUGUCAGAAGGCUCUCUCCUUAAAUCGGAGGCAGCGGCAGCGACCACGAAAGCAGAUGGUCCUGCGCAGAAACCAGCAAUACCGGAAGAACAGGACAACAGCGCCCAGGGACUUUCCUGGCAGUCACUGUCAUAUCUGCGACCAGAUGACGGAAACAAUACAAACAACCAGACGACCUCCAGUUCUCCGGCUCCCAAUACCACUACCACCACCACUCGAUUGAGCCCUCCUCCAAUCGGAUUCACCACCAGCAGCGUCCAUCGCCAUGCCAGUCCGGUUCGCCCCCCUUCGACGGAGCAGGCUGCUACGCAACCACCAUCAUCAUCGACGUCCAAGACAUCCUCACUGGUAGACCCAGAUUUUCGCUCGCGAUUCGCGGAACGCAGGCGUCAGGAGGCGGCUGCUGCUGCUGCUACUACUACUACUACUAGUGAUGCAUCAUCCUGUGCAACCAACCCGAGUUCGUCGUCAUAUCUAGGAAAUCUACUCGCAACGUCGAACAUCGGCAAGGCAGCACCACCACCACGGCGAGCAAGCCGAAGCCUAUCCCCAGCGACGACAAGACAUUUAAUCAUGCCACCACCACAACCACCGUCAGAAAGUACAGACCCUGCAAAGUAUCCUACUACGCGGCCAUCUUCCUCCUCCUCCAGGGGUAGUAGUAGUAAUAAUAGGAGAGGGAGAAGGGGGUCAUCAUCCUCAUUACUAUCAUUAUCAUCACUCCGGUCUGGUGGUGGUGAGCAGCAGCAACAGCAGCAGAAUCGAUCCAGCUACGAAGUAACCUCUGUCCAGAACGCGUUCGCAAGCGGCGAAUUCACCCUGCCGAAACUUUCGAGCAACCAUCUGAGCGCUAUCAUUGAGCGGGCGAGAAAGAAGAGUCCGAAUCGGAGUUGA